UUUUUGUCUGUGGCUUCGAGGGGCGUCUGACCCUGCCAAUGAGCCAGUGACCCGUUCAAGAACGAAAAUCACUGCUCCAGCAUCGAUUCGCAUCGGUUCCAGCACGAAAAUUGGCUGCAAAUUGACGGAGAGCCUUCACACUUUGGGAGAGCUUGUUUGGCUGGGCCUGGUGCCGCGAGAAAGACCGGGGGACUGCUAAAAUGCUCUCCCUGCUCGAAGGAGAGCUGCCAAAGCUGGCGGCCGCCGCCGUCUGCGCGAGCAUCGUGAGCUAUAACGCUUUCCUACUAUUAGUCGUAAAACCCAUGGUCCUGAAACAGAUGCGCAAGGAACUCGGCACGGACGUAUCGAUAAAAACGCUCGUCGUCCGGCCCCUCGCCGGCGUCUUCGAGCUGAGAGGACUGGUCGUCAAGGGCGACACGUCCACGACUUUCGCCACCAUCGACAUUUUGAGAUGCACCACCACUGGAGUGCUGGGAACACUCAGCCUCGCGGGGCCGCAAACUUUCUCAUUGGGCAUGCACGUGCCCUGGGUCGUGGGCUUCCGGGGCAAGAUGAUCGAGCACGUGGCCGUCGAGGGGUGCACGGUCGUCGUCGACGAGGGCAACGGCGCAUUCUGGAAGCGACGGGACGCGCGCCUCAAGGCCAAGUCGGCCGCCAAGAAAAGACGAGUCCUGGAGAAAGAAUUAAGGUGGCGUUUACUCCACGUCGACGACAAGGACGCGGUUCGGAAACGGCUGGAGCUCCUCCGGUCGCUCGAUGGAGAAGACUCGGAGUCGGAUGACGAGCACGAGGCCUACAUGGAGAGCGCGGCGGCGGACUGGGACGCGGCGGAGGCGUCGUCGCCGGGGAAGCAGUCCUACGCCGAGCGCCUGCAGGCGGCGCGGGAGCGCGUCAAAGCGCGCGUCGCGGCGCGGGUCCAGGCUAGAGCGGCCGACCACGCUCAAAAGGAGCUGCAGGAGGACCUGAGGAAGACGUACGCGACGAUCCGGCCUGCGUUCGACGACGAGCUGAUACAUAUCGGGUCGCUGGCGGUCGAGCGGUGUGCCGUCACGUUGAGGGGCCGCAAGGUGCGCCUGGACCACGCCGUGCGCGUCGCGGCCUACUGCGGCACGAUGCGCGACUUCCAGAAGCUCGUCGUCAAGCGCGUCAUGACGGCGGCCCUGGCGGACUCCGUCCAACAUAAACGUGAGAAGGUCCGCGAGAAGAUCAAGGAGAAGGCCGGCGACGCGGCUGCGCGGCUCAACGAGACACGAGCAGCCAUGCGCAAGAAGAUUUUCGGGGCGGGCCAGGCAUCGUAAGUUUUGACACAUUUUC